AUGGGUCAAACUAUCAGUCACCGCAACUGUAAACCCAAGCUUGGAUCCACUGUAUUUGGAUAUACAACAUCCACAAAAGUAACUGCUCCACCAGUAUAUAUUAAAAAGGCGGAUCAAGACAAACGAGAAGACAAUGUGCUGUUCAAGCCGUUCUUAUACGGUCUGCAGUCUACGGGAUCAAACCAUUCGGUUGAUUCAGUAACAGAAAAUCAAGGCAGAACGGAUUCAGGGUUCCUGCUUACUGGAAGAGAUAGUCAGCUUUGGAAAGAUUUGAUGUAUGUAGAUCAGACGUAUUACCCAGAUGAACGACAGAAAGCGACAUAUGAAUCCGAGAUAGAGGAUUUACUGAUUGGAGACACAUUGACAUUCAAAGAUAUCUAUUGUAUGUCCCAAAACAAUAUGCAAGACAUUGAUCUUACCAGAAGAGGAGUUGGCUUCAUCAGCCCCAAUAUUGGACUACUGUCAAUGAUGAGAAAAUUAGACUUAUCACACAAUCAACUAAAAGAGAUACCAGAAGCCAUUGGUCAUUUGCAGCAACUUGAAAAUCUAUCUGUAGCACACAAUCAGAUCACCUUUAUACCUGACACCAUCUGCCAUCUUGUACAUUUAACUGAUUUCAACCUAUCGCAUAAUCAAUUAGAGCAUGUCACCCCAUUCAUCUGCCAUCUCAAAGGACUGCAAACACUGCAACUCGGACAUAAUCAACUGCAAGAGCUAACGGUAUCUGUGGAACACCUUGGCAACUUAACGCUGCUGGAUCUCUCUUACAACCCCAUACAUGUCUUGCCUGCCGAGAUCACACAACUACCGCUCCUGCGCCGGCUUCGGUUAGACGGCUGCCCCUUCACCAAAUCACUUGAUCAACCGUUUGAAUUAACCCACAACCCCCCGAGCUUAUUAGAGACAUGUGCAAGAUACAUCAUCAAAAAUGAAUAUCAGAUCUUGUCAUCAGUCAUGAGUAAGAAGAAGCAAGUUGAUAACAAAGCCAUGGCUGCAGAGGCUUUGAGAUCAUUGAUUACGGAUCCAUUAUACCAGUAUCUUUCCACUUUUAGUGCGUGUAGCCAUUGCCAAGGGCCUUACUUUGAGUCGUAUGUGAAAAGAGGCCGUUGGAUUGAAAGAAAUGAUGUAUGGGUUCCUUUGGAAUACCGGUUAUGUUCGGCUCACUGGUCAGCCGAAUCCGAUAGAGUAUAUGCCAUGUUCUCUGCGUCUCCAUCAUCAACCUCUGUUUCUGGUAAAAAGGGUUCAGCAACGGUAGCAAUAACAACGUCGUUUAUAAAAUCAAAGCCAAGGCUGCCUCUACUUGAAAUUCCAGUCGUUGGGCAAACAUCACCAUCACCAGCAGCGGUAACAGCAGUGACAGGAUCAACAUCUACCCCAUCAGCUUUAGCAACACGUAGAUCGUGUUUCCAUAAUCAGCAAAGAUCAGCAUCUGCCAAUGCACCGCCUAUUAUGAUGCUAUCAGCGACUACACAGCAGAUACAGGUCAAUGAGCAGUAUUCGAUCAGUAUAACGAAUGAAACAACAUCUUCAUCAUCUUCUACAACUGCUGCUAAUGCCCCUGCUUCCGCUGCAAAACGAUGGCGAUUCAAGGUUCGAAAUAACACUUCGCUCUUCUUGAAAAAUCAUCGGUUGCAUUGA